CGGGGAGAUGGCGUGAUUGGCUGGCCCGGCUUACUACAAUUCCCAUCGUGCCCUGCGGAACUGUGGCCCCCAUGGUGCCUUGUGGCACUAGCAUGGCUACUGUGUUUGUGCCGGGGAAGUGAAGCUGGUGGGGGAGGAGGGGCGGCUGCCUCUGCUGCCCCGGGUGCCCACCAUGGGGCUGAAGCCAUGGCAAAAGGCCCUGUUCCCACUGCGCUCGGUGGAGGAUGUGGUGCGGCUAUUCGAGGCAGAGCUGCAGCAGGAACAGCCUGACCUGGUGCUGCUGUCGCUGGUGCUAGGCUUUGUGGAACAUUUCCUGGCCGUAAACCGUGUCAUACCUACCAAUGUGCCAGGCAUCAGCUUUGAGCCACGCCCGGGCCCUGAACCCGACAGCCUUACCUAUUUCCCUGUGGCUGAGCUGUCCAUUGUGGCAGCGCUUUAUGCCCGCUUCACUGCCCAAAUCCGUGGCGCUGUCGACUUGUCCCUCUACCCCCGGCCUGAGGGCUUCUCCUCUCGCGAACUGGUCAAGAAGGUGUCGGAUGUUAUCUGGAACAGCCUUAGCCGCUCCUACUUCAAAGACCGGGCCCACAUCCAGUCCCUCUUCAGCUUCAUCACAGGCACUAAGCUGGACAGCUCAGGGGUGGCUUUUGCUGUGGUGGGGGCCUGCCAGGUGCUGGGGCUGCCUGAUGUGCACUUGGCGCUCUCGGAGGACCAUGCCUGGGUGGUGUUUGGCCGGGAUGGUGAGCAGACGGCCGAAGUGACCUGGCACGGCAAAGGCAACGAAGAUCGGCGUGGACAGACUGUGAAUGCUGGUGUGGCGGAGAGAAGCUGGCUGUACCUGAAGGGUUCGUACCUGCGCUGUGAUCGGCACAUGGAAGUGGCCUUCAUGGUGUGUGCCAUCAACCCUUCCAUUGACCUGCACACCGAUAGCUUGGAGUUGCUGCAGCUGCAGCAGCGCCUCCUGUGGGUUCUCUACGACAUGGGGCACCUGGAGAGGUACCCGAUGGCGCUGGGUAACUUGGCUGACUUGGAGGAGCUGGAGCCGACACCAGGCAGACCAGACCCCCUCUCCAUCUACCAUAAGGGCAUCAGCUCAGCCAGAAAGUACUACAACAAUGAGCACAUCUACCCUUACAUGUACCUGGCCGGCUACCACUGUCGCAACAAAAAUGUCAAGGAGGCGCUGGAGGCCUGGGCUGAUACAGCCACUGUCAUCCAGGACUAUAACUACUGCCGGGAGGAUGAGGAGAUCUAUAAAGAAUUCUUUGAUGUGGCCAACGAUGUGGUUCCCAACCUGCUCAAGGAGGUGGCCAACCUGGCAGAGCCACCUGAGGAAAAGGGUCCUGGGGAGAGAGGAGAGGGGUCCCCAGUGCAGGCUGGAGGUUCGGCCCUGCAGGACCCCGAGUGCUUUGCACACCUGCUGCGCUUCUAUGAUGGCAUCUGCAAGUGGGAAGAAGGCAGCCCCACACCUGUGCUGCAUGUGGGCUGGGCCACGUUCCUAGUGCAGUCCCUGGGGCGCUUUGAUGGACAGGUGCGCCAGAAGGUGACUAUUGUGGCACGAGAGGCGGAGGCCAAUGAGGAUGAUGAGCAGGGCAGCGAGGAUCCCCGUGAAGGGCGCCGGCGUGGACCCCGCCGCGAGUCCAAGCCUGAGGAGCCCCCCCUGCCCAAAAAGGCCCCUGAGCGGCGGCGCCCCAGCCCAGGCCAGCGACCAGACAAGCCCCCUGCAGGAGAGAAGGAGGAGGGGGGAGCCCCAGCCCCAGGGGCACCCCCUGCACCCCCACCUGAGGGCCCUGUCCUCACUUUUCAGAGUGAAAAGAUGAAGGGUAUGAAGGAGCUGCUUGUGGCUGCCAAGAUCAACUCGAGCGCUAUCAAGCUGCAGCUCACGGCCCAGUCCCAGGUGCAGAUGAAGAAGCAGAAGGUGUCAGCUCCAAGAGACUAUACCCUGGCCUUCCUCAAACGCCCCCGCAAGUCCCUCUGAGUCUCACAGGGGCACUGAGCCACAGAGCUGUCCCCUGCCAGUUUCUGAAGGGCUGCACCUCAGGUGGGGGAGGAAUUGUUGCCUUUACUUGAGAGACGGGGGUAGUGCUUCCCCAUCCUCAAGUGCAGGCCUCACCCCUGUUGGAGGGGAGAGGGGGCUCUGUGGGGUGGAUGCUGAGAUGGGGGAGCAGCUCUAAUAUUCCCCCCCUUUUGUAUUCCAGAGACAGGAGCUGUUGUGGCCUCAGCUCCCCCCUCCCCCCCCCCGAGCUGUGGAGUUCAGAGGUGAUGAGUUCUGUGCAUUCUCCACGUCUCUGAGGGACCUGUAGGAGUUAGGUGGAGGAGCCCUUUGAGCCAGUUUAUGGGGGUUCCCUCUACCCUGCACCUCUUCUGCUGGCGGGAUACAGUAUCACCUGGGUGCAGUAUCACCAAAAUACCCACCCCGAGACAGCCUGUGUCCUGCCCGUGGGCCAGAUGGGAGCCCAUGCCUCCCUGGAGGACAAGGAAGUUGUAUCCCUUUUUGUGUCCUGAGCCAGUGCUGGGUGUGGGUGGGAAGAAGGGUUAGCAGCUGACUUUGAUUUUUCCCAAAGUUGGCUGCUGCAUCCUUGUUAAGCAGGGACAGGGUCCUGAGCUUCAAAGGCAUCUUCCAGCCCUACCCAAAGCCCUGGGUAGUUGCAACUGUUUGGGGUGGUGGGGGGUUUUGUACUUCCUCCCCCUGGAGUUUAUCAUGUGAACUUCUGCCAGUUGUGUUCUGUCCCCCUGUUCUCCUGGUCACGCUUCCUCUCCCUUCCGUGCAAUCAUGUUCUCAACAACAGCCUUUAUGCUGAGAGCGCUAGACCUGCAGAAAGGGCAGGGUCGGAUAGCAGGGGGAAUGUUAGCACACCACAGCCAUGGCGGAAUAACAGAGAAAGCCAAUGGGAAUACUGGACAAUUGUAAAUCCUGCUAAACAAGCCCCAGCAGAGCCAUGGCAAACGCAUCUGGAAGGGGGGGGGAGCGCUACCUCUAAGGCACAGCUUAGGCAGAGAGCUAUAGAGGUUGUGCAGACUGGCAGCCGAAGACCCCACUGUCUCAGGAGUUGCACUGAAGUGCCAUGGGGGUCAGAGCAGGGUUGGGCGCCAUUAGAAGGAGCGGGGAGGAUGGAGCUGGGCUGGGACAGCUUUGGCAGCACUGAGAUAAACAGCUCUGGGGGGGUCAUGUCUACUACAUGUGUAUUUUUAGUUGCAUGAAGGGUUAAUAAAAAUGGUUUUAAAAUAA